GAAUUGAGAGAAACGAUGUUUGUUUAGAACUUAAAUAUAUUUCAUUAAAUGGUCUGGUGAGAGAUGUUAGAAAUCAAGUAGGAGUUCUUGGUGCUAACAAGUUAGAAAAGUUAGAUAAGAUCCUUGAGACAGAAGAUGAAGAGUCUUUACUGAAUAGACGAUAUGUAUAUUAG